GUACAUGCAGGGCACGGUAAGUAUAUCAAUUUUUUUAAAAUGUUCUUUACAUGAUUCUAAAUUUUUUAGAUUACACAAAGUGCGGAUACAACUCUUUUGUAGCUUAAACACCCUGUUGAUUCCCGGACCCGAACCCCAAAUGGAGAUGCCAUAUGAGGCCACUGCAUGAAAACAAGAGAAAUAUGCUGUUCUUACUACUUCAGGUUCGGUACACUUCACCAAUCUUCGCACCAUAAAAACUGCACUCGCGAGUCUUCUACAAAGGGCACUCACAUGGUCAUCCCAGGCAAACGGGAAACAAUCAUCGAAGACUGCACAGAAUAUAUUAUGAAAAACAUCAUACAACUCACCUGCGUUCUCGGAUUUUUGGAGAGGCUGCCAAUCCACUGUGGAAAGAGCGAUUUUAAAAAAAUCUUUGUUGGUUAUCAUCAGUAUUUGUCCGUAGUGGUCACCGAUGUGAAGCUGCAUCGUGGUGUUUCUUAGACAAUUGUUAUUUAGGUUACAAAAUAUAUUAUCAAUACAA